AUGCUCUUUAUGGUAUUGUGGUCUUUUGUGAGGGAGGAAAGGAUUAAGGGUGAUGAUGAGCUUCAUCCUUCGUUGGUGGCAUAUACACAUUCAAAAAGGAAAGUGUUGAUCAUAUCACCGGUGACUUGUCUUGCAUAUGAUAGGAAGUGGAAUAAUUCCAAAUUGCAUGAAAUCUAUAAUCGAGAUAUCGAUUUUUGUUCUCCUGAGAAGCCUAUUCUAUUCGACUGUGCUUUCAAUUAUUGUUUUUGUCCUAGUGUCUUCUCUGUGAGGGAUAAGAUGAACGUAUAUGACUUUCCUCGUCAGAAUAGGAUUUAG